AUGGUGCAGCAGGGCGCGAUGAUCGCACCACCACCGUCAAGACCGACGAAGCCAGCCAGACGCACAAAAGCGCACGUUGCGUCAGCUUGUGUUAACUGCAAGAAGGCACAUCUCAGCUGCGACGUCCAACGCCCAUGUGGCCGUUGCGUCGCUUCUGGAAAGCAGGACACAUGCAAAGAUGUGCAGCACAAAAAGAGAGGAAGGCCACGAUUGAGAGACGACAGAGAGUUCACUAGAUCAGACGACGGAAGACCACCUAGCCAGCUCAUAGGAGCGCCACCUACCUCCGAACCUCACGCUCAUCAAGCGCCUUACCCAGUAUCUCAGCAAUAUCGACCCUUCGAACCUCAACGAAGUCUGGAGAGUACUGCGCAUCAGAAGGAGCUCCAUUCCGCUGCGUCUGCGCCCCGGGACACGCCCAACAGCGUGGGUGACUACAGCGGAGUGCAGGCACUUCCCUACGGUGUGGGACCGAAUUUAGCGUACCAAAAGCUGCCUGUCGUUUACCUAAAUUUGGACCUGGUGAUACAAAAAGCAAACCAGGCUUUCGCGGACCUCGUAUCGUUCCUCGGAGACAUCAGGGGCAAGCAUCUUGGCGAGCUUCUGGAAGCGCGACAGAAUGAGAGCAUGCAGAAGCUGCGAAACGAUUUGCGCGAUGAGCGCGACGAACGUGAGCCGACGUACAUGGCGCCCAUCACCCCGGUCGGACAAGAUCCCAUGCGCGCGGUGAUGGAGUCGGUCCAGGAUCAAGACAUUGACCAUGUCACCCAGGGGUACACGAAUCGGCCCAUGUACCUCAGCUUUCGUCUGCCGGCUAGUGGACAGUACCAGUCGCUGUCGGUCCAAAUCCGGCUUGCCAGGACGUCUCUGUACUUUGUGACGCUCGUCGUGUGCUCACCACCAAGACACGCGAGACCGACUCUGUUAACGCAGCAGUUAGCGCCCUCAACAUCGCGACAUACCUCUCAGGCCAUGUCCGCACCGACAGCAGUCUCGCAAUUCACGCCGCAUCAAGAGCGUCGAACUUCGACAACAAGCUCUGGACCAAACUCGCCCUUCAUCAACAUCUCCUCCAUCCGCACGUCCCUCCCCACAUUCAGUCCAAGCUCUUACAAGAGCAGCCCUUCGUACGGCUACUCUCCCACCGCAGGCCCAGAAUCGGGCUACUUCCCGACCUACCAAGUCCCGCCGCAGCCCACCAGCAGCGCAUACCCUUCGCCAUACGCACAACCAGCGCGCCCCCCUGCCGCAACAUCCGAACCUCUCCGCGAGCUCAACCGGCCUCCCCGUCUCGAAGGCCUCCACCUGCCGCCCAUUCGAACAGGGCCCGCGCCGCUUGGUUCUCCGCUCCACGUCGAAACAAGCGCUGCGGAACGCGAGCGUGUGCGAACGCACGACUCACCGUCCAGUAGCGCCGAGCAGCGGAGGCCCGAGUCGCCUGACAUGGGCAAGCGGCGGCGGUUGAAUAUACAUGAGGUGCUCGACUAG